UAACGCUGCGGACAGAGCAAGUGCUGGAGGCUGCGGGGGGAGGCCGGUGUCACAGCGUCCGCUGGGAAGGGCACGCUGCGGGUGUCGCCGCGGGGUCCCCGAAGGGGCGCGGGGCGGGGCUGCGGCUCCAGCUCGCCCCUCCAUGAAGGGCGAUGCUGCGGCCCCGCUGCCCCGCGGGACGUGACAUGCGGGGGGGCCGCUGCCCCGCGGGGCCGGUGCCGCGCCGUGCCGGGGUCGGGCCGCCCAGAGCCGCGCCGUGCCGGGGGCGGGCCGGGCCGGGCCCGGGGCGCAGCGGGGGGAAGGGGAGAGGCAGCGCCCGGGUGACUUCCCCCUGCCCGAGCGGGGCGGGGCGGCAACCGCCGCCGCUUACCGGUCAACCGCUGCCCGGCCGCCCGGCCGCCGCGCCGGCAGCAUGAGGGGCUCCGGGCCGGAGGCGCCGCCACCCAGCGCCGCCGCGGAGGGCCGGCAGCAGGAGGCUGAGCAGGACCGGGCCGCGGCCAAGGCUUUCUACGACAGCCUGGUUUCCAAGAGACCCCGGCCGCCCAACCCGCAGCACGCCAUCACGGUAGCGGUCUCCUCCCGAGCCCUCUUCGACCUGGUGGAGGAGCAGCGGAUCUACGAAGAGCAGGGGCUGGAGAAGUACCUGGAGUACCAGCAGGACAACGAGAACGUCACCCUCAAACCCGGCCCGGCGUUCUACUUAGUCAAGGCGCUGGAGCAUGUCAAUGCCCGGCUUCUUGAGCUAUACCCUGAUGAUGAAGAACGAUUUGAUAUUGUCCUGAUGACUAGUAACCAUGCCCAAGUGGGAGUGAGACUCAUAAACAGCAUCAAUCACUACGGCUUAACAAUUGAACGUUUCUGUAUGACGGGAGGAGAAAGCCCUAUUGGUUACCUGACUGUGUACCUCACGAACUUGUACCUCGCAGCAGACUCUGAAAAAGUGCAAGAAGCUGUAGAAGCAGGUAUCGCAUCAGCUACAAUGUUCACUGCCAACAAAGAUGUUGCUUACUCGGAUACACAGUUGAGGGUGGCGUUUGAUGGGGAUGCCGUUCUCUUUUCUGAUGAAUCAGAACAGAUUGUCAAAGAGGAAGGAUUAGAUACGUUUUUUGAACAUGAACAGCUGAAUGAAAAUAAGCCUCUUGCACAGGGUCCUUUGAAAGGUUUUCUGGAAGACCUAGGGAAACUCCAGAAGAAGUUCUAUGCAAAAAACGAACAAUUAAAUUGUCCCAUAAGGACCUUCCUGGUCACAGCCAGAAGUGCAGCAAGCUCUAGAGCCAGAGUGUUGAAUACUCUUCGUAGCUGGGGUCUGGAGAUUGAUGAGACACUUUUCCUAGAAGGAGCUCCUAAAGGACCAGUCCUGGUGAAAAUCCGCCCUCACAUUUUCUUUGAUGACCAGAUGUUUCACAUCGAAGGAGCACAGAAAUUAGGCACUAUAGCUGCACAUGUUCCCUAUGGCGUUGCUCAGAAAUACCACAAAUCUGCAUGACAGGGUGGCAGCAUUAAUGAUAAGGUUCUUAACUCAGCCAGCCUCUAAUAUACCAAUAGUUAUGUCUGAAACCCUCUACAUUUGUAUACUGUAAGCACUGUGUUUAAAGAUUUAAAUUCUGGCUAGAACAGCCUUUAAAGGAAGUACUUGUAAUAUAGCUAAGUUUUUAAUAAAGUUAUUUUAAUAGCAUUUUAAGCAGUUUAGAUUUUUUACCUGUUUGGAUCUAAUACUGUGGGUUUGAUUAUUAGAAAAAGAUUUGUACUGGUUUUAGAGCUUGACACAUAUUUUGAGAGACAGAAAAGUUAUAUUUUCUCUAAAAUACUGUUGAUGGGUUAUUUAUAGCAAAAACCAUGCUGCAAUGAUAGUCCUUGAUGGUUAUUUCUGAAGUUACCAAAAGUACAGUUUACAUAUAAUUGUUUACCUGUUGGUGGAUUCCUUGUUAAAUAUGUGUUCAGUAGGUCUGUUAUUACAAGGUUUCAGCUGCAGUGAAAUGUUAGCUUAUCUGAUCUUGUGUUUACAGGAACCCUUUAUUUUUCUAUAUUAUUUUCCUAUUCUAAUAAAGCUGGCUUUACAGAA